CGUAGCCGUGUUGCGUGUGCGAUGUGUUACUUAGAAACCAGAAUUCACAUCCGGGUGACGUUGAGGAAAAUCGAUCACCUGCAACCGAACGCCUGUUGUCCCGCCUUCACGGUGUUCUCAUUGGAGCCUGCAGCCUUAUGUGCAGAUUACGUCUGCCGCCAUACGGCUUCUCUCAUGUCAAUCAAAAAGUGCCACAAUAGGUUCCUCCCACCAUGUUCGCUGGCACAGACCGAGAAAUGGUGAAGAUUUCCUGAGGAAUUAAUGGUACUGAGGCCGGCUGUUACGGAAAUCAUGAUUUGGUUAUUAUUAUUUUCUUUCUCAAGAUAACAGCGUGGGAAAAGGGCUGUGUAGACCUGUGUCCAGGAUGAGUGUACCCGGCGACCGUGGUGAGAUCACAACCCUCACUCAUCCACCUUGGGCAGGAUUCAUCCCAGUCUCUUCCUAAACAUCCUCCCCUCUCUACAAACAUGGCUGACAAGAGGGAGCCGCCAUUUUUCAAUGACGAUAACCUAGGGGUUGUCAACUACAAACUGCCCUUCUACGAGACCAUGGAGCUGUUCAUAGAGACUCUGACAGGGACCUGUUUCCAACUGCGGGUCUCCCCGUUUGAGACUGUUGUCUCUGUAAAAGCUAAGAUUCAGAGACUGGAAGGUAUCCCUGUUGCUCAGCAGCAUUUGAUCUGGAACAGCUUGGAGCUUGAUGAUGAGUACUGUUUGAAUGAUUACAGCAUUGCAGAAGGUUGCACUCUCAAGCUGGUCCUUGCCAUGAGGGGUGGGCCAAUCAACACCAAACGAGUGACCAUUGAGAACUCAGUAAAGGAUACCUCUGACUACUUGGAUUCAAAGAGGGAUGAGGUGUGGGAAAAGUCUCUGUCUAAUAAACAGGUCACUUUCCUGGUGUACAAAGAGGGUGACCAGCUAAAAGUCUUCCGGGUUGUGGACCGUGGAGACGGAACUCUGACACCGGUGUCAAAAUCCCUAAGUGGGUCAGUGCACAAUGUGUACGCUGAGGAAGAGGAGGAGGACGCUAGCAUUUCCUCUGCGCAGCUGACGUUGGAGAACUCCAUCACUAUGAACAAGAUGAAGUUACUCAAAGCCAAGAUGGAGAAUAUGAACCUCAAUAAAAAGCCGAAGAAGUCUACAAAAUUGAGAGUAAGGCCUCCAGUUGGUCCACGCCCUUUCUGUGGCUCAAUUGGCUCUGCUCGCCACCACCGAAUGCUCCGCAUCCUUCCUCAGAUUGGCCAUGCCCCUGUAACACAGCUACCUCCGAUUGGUGAUCAGCAACAGUCUUCCCCUGAAGCUUGCCCAGCUUUCACAUGUCACCCAAGUUUUGGUUCUGGUAGAGCCAUUUCCUCGCUGACAACCUCUAGCAAAUACACACUUCAGGAUGAGGAGUCAUGGAAUAAGCCCACCCCCAGGAAUAUCAGGCUACCUCCUAAAGUGUCCAGGCUAGAUGUGGUUGGACCGAAGGCUAUAACAGACUGUUUGUACCCACCGCUCUCUGUCCUGUCUGGUCUGGAAGCUGAAGACAAGACAGAGAUACAGAGUGAUGGAAUAAUGCUACCGGAAGACGGCGUUAUAAUUGAGCCUUCCAAACCCAUUCCGUUUAAUAGCCUGCUUCCAGAGCCGCUGAGUCUGGAUGUUUCUGCUCAGCCGGAGGCCAGUCUGGACUCUUUAGGAGCUGUGAACAAGCCCAUGACUGCAACUCCACUGCUGUCCCAAGUUGUAGGCUCAGACUCCAUUAGCACAUGGUCAGUAGGCACUAAGACGCUACAGUCCCACACUGACAGAGCUGCACUGAACUUGCUACGCACUCCUCCACAUGUGCCUCGACCUUUCACCGAUUUUACCGGGGAAGUGCCUCGCCCCUUCCUCAGCUCUAACAGAGGGCCUACCGUUCCACCAUGCCCAACUCCACAGACCCCUCCUCUCCAUGCCAUCAGAGGGGACUCACCAGGCAAACGGCCAGACAGGGUAUGCAAGAGCGAGGCACAAGAUGUCACCAACAUAACCGACAACAUUUCCAGAGAGUUGUCAGGCUGUCUGAGUAACCUUGAUGAAAAACUAGCAAGGCCUUGUGAUCUGGGCAGAUUGUGUGGCACAAAUGCCCCCUUGCAAGCCAACAUCCAUCUGCUGCAGGAGGAUCUGCUACGGAGAAUAGUUCCCCUGCAGAGAGCAACAUACUCGCCAUCAGGCAUCCUGGACUCAUCGAGUGGACCCUCCAGUUCAAUAAAGAGAUUAGGCUCUCCAACAUAUCACCUCCCUCCUGUGAAGGCUCCUCUGAGCUCAAAGAAGAAGACUUCAAAACACUGCUUCCUAUGUGGGAAGAAGACCGGGCUAGCCACCAGCUAUGAAUGCAGGUGUGGCAACAACUUUUGCUCCACACACCGCUAUGCAGAGACCCACAACUGCACUUACGACUACAAAAGUGCAGGUCGCCGCUUCCUCCAGAAGUCUAAUCCCAUCAUCAGCGCACCAAAGCUGCCCAAAAUAUGAAAGCACUAUAUAAGAGGGGGAAGAUGAUAUGCAAAUGAAAGCAUGAUUAAAUGAACAGGAACUAAACCAGCAGUGGGCUUUUUAUCACCGUGUUUGCUUAAUGGCAAGGUUUAUUUUAAUUUUAUUUACUUUUUUUUAUUUUAAAUUUUUUUAAAGAAAUUACUUUGCAAAAAUGUGAAUUUGUUUCUUCUUUUUUUUUUGUCUUGAAAACACAUGAAACUGACGCGGAAAUGUGGAAAAGUUGUGAUCACUACAAAUUAUUAUAUGUAUAGAAAUAUAUAUUUCUGUUUGUUUCUUAAUAUCUAAACGGCUUCAUGAGACAAGUCUUUGCAAGAUGCACUUUAGUAAUAAUGACGUCACGUCUUUCUUUUUUUUCUUCCUCUAAAUUGGUCCGUUUUAGGCCUACAGCACUCCACUGAAGACAUCACACCAGGUACUGCACAUACGUAAUAUAAAAGAUGAGUCUAUUAUGGGUUUCACUUUGAAUGGAAUUAUGCGAGUUGAACUUCGAACUCUGUAAACACUACUAUGCAGUAUGGCCACGUAGCAUAUUAAUCAUUUUGAGUAGGCUGACAUGAACACACAGCUGAGUUGCCAUCGUAAAGAUUUCUUUUUGUACCUUGUUUUGUUUUUAAUUUUUUUUUUUAAAUCGCACACCACCAUGAACAGCUGUUAAAAUGUUCAGUAUUUAUUUGGGAAUUAAACUAAUAAACUGAAAUAUAAAUAUGAUGAAAGCCUUGUUUCCGUUAAUGUUUUAUUGACUUUUGCUUCUUACACUAGCAGCUUUAUUUUGUGUAGUAAAUGUGCUUGAUUUUUCCCUCCUCCAUCACUGCGCUACUCCGAGAUACUGGGAGAGAAAUGAUUUCCUAAAGCAUCUUGCCCCAGUGUGGAAACCCUAUUUGUUUAUAUACAUCAGCUUUGUUUUACAUUUUCAUUUAUUCAUUCUGCAGACACUUUUAUCCAAAGCGACUUACAAAUGAGGAAAUAUAAGCAAAGCGAUACAUCAAGUAGAGAACAAUAAAAGUACUGCUAUGGUACAAGAUUUAUAUAAUUGAGUGUUAGAGGAGCAAAGUGCACAGAGUAGAGGUGUAAACUGGCAACUUAGGGGUUCGUUAAGUGUUCAUGGAAGAGGUGGGUCUUUAGCUGUUUUGUGAAGAUAGUGACAGAUUCUGCUGUCUGGAUUAAGGUUGGAAGUUCAUUACACCACUGAGGGACAGUCAGGUUUCUUCGUCUUUUUUAUUAUUACUAUUAUUAUUAUUAUUAUUAGAAAUGAAUUAUCUGAAUAAUACAUAAGAGAAAUGAGUCAAUGAAAUAUGGAUGGACAAUUUUAUUGCAGAUCCCCAAGAGCAAGACAUCCUCUGUUCAAAAUCAAAACAAUUUCCUGCCUUCGUUUCUUUCAAAUUGCUGUAAAUGGGAAUUUAAAUGGACUUGUCCAACUACAUCUAAACUACUCAUAGGUUCCUCGCAAAGCCUUUCAGUAGAGUCAUUCACAUCCUCAAGUAGAAGGAUGAUUUGCAGAAUAUUUUCCAUUCUUCUUCUACUAAAUUAGACCGAGAGAAUUGGACUUUAUACAAGGACAGCUCUUGCUUAAAUGUUCCACUUAUUUCUACAGCUGUUUUUGUUCAGCACACUUUGUACUAUUGCUCCUGGAUAUAAACAUUCAACAGCAAGCACUGUUCAUUAUUACACUUGGUCUCUGUUUCUACCUUCCUUGAUGACUACAUGGCCAAAUUCAUGAUGGGGAGUGAUCACGAGUCACAUAAUGGCAUAAAAUGAUAACCAGGUAAUGUUAUAAGCUGGCAGCCAGUCAGCACUAGCUCAUAAUUUUUUCCACAUGCAUUGCUGAGCAGUUUGAUGUUUUUUUUUGUUUGUUUGUUUGUUUGUUUUUUUUACCUUUCAACAAGACUUAAAAUCAUAGAUGGGAAGAAUACUCCCUUCUGGCAGUCCUGAAAUAUGUUCUCCUGGGCUGUCUAGAACUAACAGAUAAUAUGCAGUGUGAUUCACAGUAUGCUGGAUCAGGCAGAAGAUAUUUUUGAAGGUUUGAAGGUAAUGGACAGCAGUUCUGAGUGAUUUUGUUGUGGCUACAGAGCUGCAUAUUCUUGAUUUAUUACAUUACACAACCCAGCCAUAAAAGAAACACAGCUGUUACCAUUUACACAAAUCACUCAUUAUGAAACUGAAACAGAGAAGUGUCUUUUUGUUAGAUAAUGGAAUCACAAUGUUUUUUUUUUGUUGUUGUGUUUUUUUUUUUGUAGAUUUUGAUCUAAAUAACAAAAACUUAAGAUCUCCCUACUCUUAUAUUUUGUUGAUGCCUGCAUAGUUUAUUCCUAGGAAAUGUAAUCUCUAGUGAAAAUGCUUGUCUCUGAGGAAACAUGUUGAACAAUACCUUGUUUAACCGGUUUAACUCUACAUGUACAAACAACCCAUUUCAAGAUUAGGCAUCACUAGGUGUGUUUAUGGUGUGGACAGUGAAUCAUGUACCAUCCAUCUGCCAUUCAUGAAAUACCAGUUCUUGGCAAAUGUUGCCUAAUAAUGGGACAUGCCCACUGUUUAAACCCAUUGAACCCCCAGUGCAACAGUUGAU